AAGAAAUAGAGAGACCAAACAAAGCGACUCGAGUAUGGUUUCCCGUAGAGGUCCCUCCAAUACAGGGGCGAUUGUCUGUAUCCUCACAGAUAGAUUCAAGGUUCCGAACAAUUGGGUUUCGCAUAUAUCAUUCGCUACUAUACUUGGUUUUGCUGGUCUCGUAUUGGCCCUUAAGGACGGUCGAUUCCGCAACCUCAAACUCUUCUCCGCUAGAGAUGAAGACUCCGGAGACGAUUCUGUUCACGUACCUGGCCUGCAAAAUAUCGGGAACAAUUGUUUCCUCAACGUGAUCUUACAGGCUCUGGCCAGCUGCAAAGAUUUCCGGAGCUUUCUUCAAUGGGUUAUAGAGGAUGCGAGAGACACGGUAGCAGGAGAACUGGACCAACAGUUUCCUCUUACUUUUGCUCUAUCUGCCUUGUUACAAGAGCUCUGUGUAGUUGGAAGAAGACGAUCUGUAUCUAACCCUCGUGAAGUUAUGCUGGCUUUGACUGAUUAUACCCGAAAUUUCAAUUUGACAAGCCAACAGGAUGCUGCAGAAGCUCUUCUUCAUCUUAUAUCUUCUUUGCAAGAAGAGAUUGUAUUUUGUUACCGUCCCAUCCAAAGUUGUAAUCUAUCAGAUGUACUCUUUUCUCGCAACUUGAGAAUGCUUGCGCCUACUGAAGGCCUCCAUGGUUUGUUGGAGCUUAAGAGAUGGCAUAAACAUUUGCGUGGACCAUUUGAUGGUAUUCUUGGUAGUACGUUGAUGUGUCGAACUUGUUCCUCUCAGAUUUCAUUGGAGUUUCAGUUUUUUCAUACUCUGCCUCUUUCUCCUUUACUCCAUAGUGGUGGUUCCAACAUUAUGUUUGGAUGCACUUUGGAGAAUUGCAUGAAGAAGUUUCUAGUUACUGAGAAAGUUGAAAACUUCUUCUGCCAUAGAUGCUGGCAUGGUGCUGCAGGGAAAUAUUUAUCUGUGAUAGGAGCAGCUGAGACAGAUAUAGAAAAACUCAGGAGCUGUGCCGUAGAUGAACAGUGUGACUGUAAAACUUCUCUUCUUCUUGAAAGAAUGCCUUGGUCAAAUAGCUAUUCCCACAUAUUGAAGCAGUUAAUCAUCUCCCGUUUCCCAAAGCUUCUAUGCAUUCAAGUGCAACGCGCUUCAUUUAACAUGUAUGGAGAAUCCGUCAAACUAUCGGGACAUAUCGCCUUCCCACUCGUCUUGGACCUCUCCUUGUUCACACCAUCUCCAAUAGGAUUAAACACAGAAGCAGGGAUUCAGAUGUCGUCAAAGUACCAAAAGCCAGAAACAUCAAGAAGCUGCGACCUGUACAGGCUCGUAACAGUGGUUGAACAUUUUGGUAGAACCGGAAGCGGGCAUUAUACAGUUUAUAGAAGUGUGAGAGUUGCAUCACAAGAGGAAGAAGAAGAAGAAUGUGAGGAAUUGAGCUGGUUUAGUAUAUCUGAUUCAGAAGUUUGCAGAGUUUCAGAGAGUGAUGUUCUUGGUGCUGAAGCUAGCUUGCUCUUCUAUGAGAGGCUUCAAUAAAGACAGGAGAUAAAUCAGAGCCUGGUUGGUUAUUUCAUUGGAUUGAAUGAUUGAAUUUUGGUGUGUGUUUUUGAACUUUUACACGUUCGGUAGUAGAAGUCAAGAUGUAUCUCUUAUCUGACCCGUGUAUACUAUAAUCAUCACUGCAGCCAAACACUCCUUUAGUUCCCUGAUUGUAUUCUAAUUUUUAAGUGAAUCCAGACAGUCCCAAGCUUCCUCCA